UAGAAUCUGAUGUGUCAGUAUGGAAAACCUCAGAAUAGAAAGAGUAGAAAGAUGGUGUACUUUCUAUAUUUUUACAAGAAUAUACAAAUCAAAACAGAAUCAUUGAAACGAAGAAAGGGGUCUGAUUUCUUGAAAGUGGUUUUGCAUGUUUUCUCCAUAACUAAAACAGGAUUUGGAUCAAUCUUUCUUCAGAAACUCUUGCUUUAUUUAGCCAGGUUUAAUAAAUGUGUGUUUAUGAGUGGAAAAAAAAAUACUGACCACUGGAUAUUUGAGGUUUUAUUUACCACUGAAUUAAAUUCAAAGCAAACAAUGAAUAAGAGAUGAAUAGUCAGCUUCUAUUUUUGAAAACUUUAAUUUCCUUGAAAAUUUCACCCUAUGUUGAGUUCUUUUUUUUAAGGCAUCUCUGAAUUAGCCACUUGGGCUGGUGAACCACAUUAGUAUCAUUAUCAAAUUGUGGUCAGGAAGCCGUACAUUUCUGAUCUAUUCCAUAUCAAUAAUCCUUGAGGAUUCUCAAUGUAACUACAAUCUCUCCUCAGCGCAUAUUCAGCCUCAACUAAGGAAGUAAACCAAUGAGGAAGUCCAGUUAGGAGGACUGACCUGAUUGAUUCGCUAGCAGGAACAGAGUGUAGCACAAUUUAAGUUACACAGAGAUCAAGGGUCACUGGGUGUGCUGGCUGCUUAUGGACAACAGGUGAAGGAGUUUGUAUGUGUACAUGCUGAAACCCAGGUAAGUGUCUUUUUAAGUAUGUACUAGCACAGCUAAAGACUCUCAGAGUGUGUGUUCGGUUAAAUAAACAGCUUAUAUCAGGUUUUCUGUGUUGCAUUAAUGUUCAUUUCCAAGCAACUUCUGGUCCUGUGUGUCAGCUGAUCUUUAUGAGUCUGUCAUGUCCUUGUGUAAGACACUAUUAGCCACAAGUCCAGGCCGUUGUUGCACAGAUGCAUUUUGUGAAUUCAGCAUUUUUGGAUGUAGUUUCUAUGCUGUACGGAAAGCAGAAUCCUUAGCAUUGCGCCAAGGCAACAGAGGAGCAGUUAAAGAAGAGAAAGAAAUCUGAUGAUGAAGCUUUAAGCUAGUAAAAAUGACUUUCUGUACUCAUAUGAGGACCAAAAUCCCACUUUAGAAGACUGUAAAGCCCUGCAAUUCACAUUUUGCUGCUGAGCUCGACAACAAAGGUGUUCCAACAAGUACUAGGUAAUGGCUUCCUGGGUGAUUAAAUAUUUACGAGUAAAGAUUUAGUUUUUUGUAGCUAGAUUUGUUUGGCGAAUAUUUUGUCUUUCUCCAUUAUGUAUAAUUAUGCAUAAUUAUUUUCUACUUCAGUAAAGUACGAUUUCCUCUAUGAAUCUUGGUUUUUAUUCUCUCCAGAGUAAAAGAAUGGACGGAUGUUGGCAGUUUCUUCUCCUGCUAUGUCUUUCUGCAGUGGCUGAAUUCGGAGAAGCAAACAAUGCAUCGCUGGUCAAAGACCUGAAAGAUAAGCUUCUACAAGUCAUCCCUCCUAAUGACAAGUCAAAUGUUUCCAUUCUGGAGAUCAAAGGCAACCAGAUCACUUUGAAUGAGACGGACCAACAAGCCCUGGCUACUUAUUCAACACUAGUUGAACUGCAUUUAGGUGAGAACCUUGUCACUACUGUGCCGGCCAAAUUCUUCUCUGGGCUAUCGCACCUGAGAGUCCUAUCUCUAAGCAGAAACAACAUCAGCAGUCUGGAUCCUGAGGCUUUCUCUAGACUGGAUGUUCUAGAAGACCUGGACCUUUCCAACAACAAGUUGACAGAUUUCUGUGACAAGACAUUCAUCAACUUAAAAAGUCUGAAGACCCUGUAUCUACAAGAAAACCCCUGGAACUGUUCCUGUUCUCUGCUUGACACCAUUGGAAGGAUGAAAGAAGCAAAUAUCUCUUUUGGGGAACCAAACGUCACCUGUGCAUCUCCAGCAGAGCAGAAAGGAAGAAAUCUCCUGGAUUAUAUAAAUAUUUGUUCUUCAUCACCACCAGUCAUUGUGCAUACGGACCAUAAAUCUCCAAUACCACCAGUCACCCCUCAACAAUUUAAAGAAACCAACAAUACGCCAACAACCACUUCAACAAGUCAUAAUUGUACCGUCAGCAAACGUCAGAAAAAUGUACCUGGACACAUAUGGAAGUUCACAGCCUGCGUUGCUGCCUUGGGCCUGACCACCUGCAUACUCAUCCUCACUGCCAUCAAAGGACCUUCCUGGUACAAAAGCUUCCACAACUACAGACAUCGGAGACUGGUUGAAGACGAUGAAGAAGAGGGCCAGGACACCAUGCCAACUGAAACAGGAGGGUGCCAGAGCCAGCAGACGUUCACUUUUGAGGAACUGAGUCAUCGGAUACAGGAACAAGACGAGGAGGAUGGAUAUUUUGAAGAUCCAUACAUCAAGAGGAUGGAGGAUUCAGAGGAAGAGAUACAAUGAGGAACAGAAUCUCACUGAAGGGCUGGUAUCAAAUUAGACUGAAUCUAUAAAUUUUAGAUCUGUAAAUGUAGUUGUUUAAUAAGCUAAAGAACUAGCUUAUGUAAACUAAGCUUGUUGUUUAGCUUCUAUAUACUGUGAAGAAUUAUUGUUUGAGGUUUACUGAUCCUUCUCCGUGUCAUCGUGUCUGAUUAAAUGAGCAAUGUAAUCAUGUUAAGAACAGGGUAUCUGCAGGUUUAGGCAAAUCAAAUGAAAGACUUUUGAAGAUCUUUUUAAUGCAACAUUGAAUAAUAUUUAAGACCAAAAAAACUAGAAAUAUUGGGGAUGUUUGGGGGAUCCUGGUGUGUUAUAAUCAAAUGUAGCAAAAAUGAUGACAUUUCCGAGGUUUGUUUGUGGUACUUGGUAGCAGCUUUAUGCUUCUCACACUGCUUAUGGCUCUCUACAGCCUUAACCACCUUAGUGCCAAGCUUCAACAUUUCUUUGGCACAAAAUGCACUGACACUCGUGUGAGUUAGCAACAGAAGUGAGCCAGUGGCAAAAACUAACAUCAUCCAUCCAACUGAUUAUAAAUUUGCACUUAUAUAUGACUGACACUGAAAUGCUAGUGCUUGAUAGCAAGAAUUAGCAGAUAGUUAGUGGUAGCCUCAACUGCCUCCAGUAACAGAAAAAUAAAAACUACAUAUAUAAAAUUAAGUAGCACUGCCAUGACAAAAUGUAAGACUUGUAAAUUAAUGUCUUUAAUUCAUAAAACAUUUAUUUUAUGGAUUAAAACUAUUUCCUACCCACUCUCAGCACAUGCUUGCUUUGAAGAAAUCAUAUGGGUUUUCUUAAUCUUAAUCUGUAUUCUAUUAGUUAUGACUGAAUAAGACUUCAUGUAUCCAAAUCUGAAUGUGUGUAUGUAAUUGGAAUUGCAUGAAUUAUGUUUAUUUUUUAUAUAUAUUUCAAUGUGAUAUAAAUUUGACCUGUAUGUCUUGAAAGUGGCUUGAGAUUAUUUAAACAGUGCUAUGGAUUGUCCACUCCUGCAAUUCAUUAAAUCAUCUAACUACCAGGAGUCAUAUUAUGCUCAAAGUUUUAGUAUAAAACUCUGAACGUUUGAGUAUAGCACAAAUUGACUCCAUUAAGGACAGAUUUCAGCUGUCACUAUCAAAGACAAAAGUUAAAAGAUGGAAAUGAAAAACAGGCUUGGAUGUGUCUUUUUUUCCUUCAAGUGUGCCCAACAAUUUUAUGCUGACCUGAUUCUGAAUAUUUGAUGAAAAAGUUUAGGUUUCCCUAUUUUGAUAUGGUGAAUAUGAAUCUGCGUGGUUACUGUGAUAUUUUGUUGGCAAGCCAUUGCCUUGAAGGACCUCAGUCAGUUCCGUGUUACACUGCUGCCUGCUUAAACAUAGUGAAAUGAGCUGAAUGAU